UCAGUAAAGAUACCGUUCAAUUCGGUUGUUAAGCACAUGAACAAUUCUUCUCAGUCACAGCAUCACUUCCUUCCGCGCACCGAACUGAACCAAACGACAAUGGAAGCAGAGGAAAACGACAGCGUCGUAGUCGAAUCGACGGAGCCUUCGAGUUCCCACGGUUCCGACGGCGACGAUCAACUCCGGCAGAGCUCCGACGUGUUGGCGAAAGGCUUGUCUUCGAUGCUCUCUUCGGUUAUUAACGAUUUCGAUUUCAGAGCUCAGCAAACUCUCCAAAGCCAGAACCAUCUCUCUUCCGCCAUCGAUCGUCUCACCGGAGAACUUGAUCAGUUACUUGAAGAUGCACCUUUGCCAUUCAUAAUGCAGCAUGCUGCCAAGAUUUCUAGUGUUAGGAAAAGAGUUUCAUCACUGAAUUCACUUCUAAAAUCCAUACAAGGGCGGAUUGAUAAUAUAGAUCGUAUGCUGUCUUUUGGCACCACUCAUGGUAUAGAGAAAAACAACCACUGAAGGUUCUGGGUGAAAUGUCAUCAGCUUAAUCAGCCUCCAUUCUUUCCAAAUGUACUAUGCAAUGCCCCCUUAACCCCUUAAAUUGAAUUCUUCUUGUUAGGCACAUACCACCUUGGUGCCAGUUAAGGAUUAAGGACUCAAGAAUUGGGAUCCAGUUGUAUUUAGGUUACUUUUGAUUAUCACUGUUUGAAAUUUCACAACUAAAAAUUCAUUUCAUUCAUUGAUGAAUUCUUAUUUUAAAUUGAAAAUUUGUCUUUAAUGACAAAGUUUAGUUUAUUAACAAAUAACUCUGUUGCAUUUAAGAAUUUGUA